GUAUUUCUCAGUCAUAGUUAUGCUAUGUUUUUGCUUUAUUAUCUUUAAAUGUUGGUGUUACGUGUAAUAAACUUCGUAUUUUAUCAGAUCAAAUAUUAAUUAUUGACAUUUUGUGAAUAACUCAAAAAAUGGUUGACAUAGUGUAUAAGCCAAUAUUUUAGGUUAGGCAAGGGUAAAACUGGUUACUAUGUUCACACUAUUGAGCGAAGUACAUUUCUGGAGCUUCAAUGAUGUUAUUGGUAUCAGAGAUACUGAUUUUGGAGCCUUCAGGUAUUUUGAUAAGAAAACCUCAACAGAAUCACCAUUUACACUUGGAAAAAAGACUUACGUUGAGAAAAGAGGGAUGAUAUGGACUCCUCAAAAUAAAAGACCUCUAAAAUUAAAGGACACUCUAAAAGAAUUUGAAGAAUACCUGGAGAGCCAGAGAGUAGUCUAUCACCAAUGGAGAGACAGUUGUACCCUACAGCUCAUGUUUAACUCUGGGCUCCUAGCUAACUUGACUGUCAGUCCAUCGACUGGAGAUCUACUAGAGAUUGUUUUUGACAAGUUUCUGGUUGGAAAACUUCUCAGCGAUUACGUCUCUGAUGUGAGUUUGACAAACACUAACGUGUUUUGUUCCUACAACGACAACCAAGUGACAAUCGUAAGCUUGGGGAAGCCUGCAGUGAAGCAUGGGGCCCUGCGUAAGUGGGGGGCUCUGGACCCCAAAGUGGGAUCCUUGGAGUUGGCGGGGCCAGCGGGUCGUAGACUGGAGCGAAAACUGUCUGUUAACAAGACCGGAGAUAUGGUUCUCAUUUGGUGGAGAUGCACUCGAGAUGAAGUUUACCCUUGGAGUCCUCAAGUCAAAGACCAGGACAGAGCAAACGUGCAUGUUUACAGUGUAAAUGGGUUGCGAGCAGAGCUACUGUGCUUUUACCGGACGGAACACGAUCCUCUUUGCGUUAUGUUCAGUCAAGUGCAGAACAAUCUAAUCCACUCAGUUGAACAGAAGGUGUCAAGAAAGGGCGAGGUUACGGUAGAGAACUGUGUGUAUGAAGUGUCCAAGUCUCGUCUACAACGCACGGCAGUCACGUGUAUUCCACUGCAGACGCAUGUGUGCUGUCUUGCGUUCAGUCAUGACGACGCCAAGUUGCUUCUCGGCUGUAUAGACGGCUCACUAGUGCUGUACGAUGAGGGCAGAGGCGCUACACACAUUGUAAAAGCUGCCUUUAUCCCUACGCUGGUGUGUUGGCACCCAGACAACUGUCUAGUGAUGGUAGCCAAUGAGCGUAGUCAGUUGCAGUGUUUCGACGCAUCUCUAGCCUGCGUCAAGAUGCAGCUCAUGAGCGAAGAUGUGACUCCAUCUACCAUCAUUGAUCUCGGAGCUUAUUUCAAGCAACAACCAACACUUUUACACAUUGGAUGGAGCAGAAAGGCUGAAUCAGUAGCUACGUCUGGAUGGGCGCAGACCGAAGCGUUCCUCAUGCUGUUGUUUGAAAAGGGUCCUGUUGGAGUGCUGAGACUAAUAGGCGGAGGCUCACCCCCGCAAGGCUCCGGCCUCACCCCUGCCACCCUGGUGUCCCAAUACCUGUCUGUAGGCAGUGUAGAGAGGGCUGUCAACCUACUGUUGAGUCUCAGCUGGGAUAACCAAGGACUCCAUUGUCUCACAUGUCUGCAUCUCAUCUCCAACCAUGUGCUACGUCAGCCACUCACUCCGGAGAAAGAAGUACAACUAGAGACUGCCCUGGGUAGUUUCCAUGUGCCAUCACAACCUCUUAGUCAUGCCACGGAGGUGGAGUUUGGUGAUCCAGUCAGAGACCUGACCAGGAGGUUCUUUCACCAACUUCUCAGGUUCAGGGUGUUUGACAAAGCGUUCAGACUAGCGAUAGAUCUUAAUGAGUACGACCUGUUCAUGGAUUUGCACCACUAUGCCCGCAAUGUUGGCGACACUGCGAUGGCCUCGGCAGCUUUAGAGAAGGCCUACCAAGUUUCUGAGUGCGACUCUGAAUCAGGUUCCUCAGACUGUUCGUGUUCACACUCGUCAUGUUCAUGCAGUUGUUCAGGCAGCAGCUCCGAGGGAGAGAGACCAACAACUCCGCCUCCCCUCCCCGUGGUGCCUACCCCUCCUCCGCCUCGACAGAAGGUUAAAUUCUCCGACACGGUUACUCACAUUACUGUGCCUCAGGAGGUGUCGGAGUGUGAGGACUCAGAGCAGAGUUUGUCAGCUGUCAACACUGUGGGGCUUCCCUCCCCCUCUCUGCCUCUCCCCCGUCUCACCUCAGACCCCGUCACUCUGUACUUUGCCAACAAACACGCUCACUCACUGCUCAUGGCUCCACCGGAAGUUCGUGAGGAUGAGGAGACUGGAAAAAUCAAAGUUGUACAUUUUGGUGUAGUUUGAUAAUUUAAGAUGCUCAAUAAGCUUGAAAGUGUUUUAGAGUCUAAAGUUAAGUUAAUUUUGUGGCAAGAAGCUAGGUCAAAGCACUCAAUUUUAAAUAAUUUUGAACACUUUAAUUAUAUUUCUGUGGUCUAAAAGAUAUUUAGAAACAGAAUUUUUUUUAAUUAAAUGGGUAAUAUGACAGACAACCUUUAUGUAGUGUGGAUAACUACACUACAGUGAUAAAAUAUCAAAAUCAUUGUGAUACAUUUGUCCAUGAGUCAAACACUCAUAUUAAAAGUUCGCUGGGAGCCAAUAAUUUGUUACAUACUUACGCUUGCCUACUAAAAUGAAUUAUUAAUACGAGUCAAGGAAACAGUAUUCAAGUGCCUUAUUAGUUAAUAGUUACAUAACAAAUAUGUUCCAUGAUGUAUUAAACAUACUUCUACAUGGAUUAAUCAUUUUUAUAGAGCAGUUUAAGUCAAUUUUAAGGUUAGUUAAACCCAGUUAAGGUAUAUAUAGUUCAUUUAGCUCGUUUCAGAACAGGUUUAACCAAGAAAAACAAUCUAAUUAGUAAUUACAAUCAAUUUACCUUGUUUGCAUUCAUGAUAAAUCAUAAAAAUAUUGUAUUAUUGAAUGUAAGGUUUGCCAUAAAUAAACAGAUAACAUUUAUAGAUGAACAUAAUGUUGUGCUUUGCCCAGCUUUACGUUGUAUUAUUUUGUAUUAUAUUUGGCUGUGCAUAUUGUAAGAUGAAAGUGUCCGUCCAUAUAACAUGUACCUUGUAUAUUUAAUUCUAAGAAUAUGUUUAUAUUGUUAGCAAUGCGAUUUUACUAUUUCAUAUUGUAUUUUAUGUUGGUUAUAAUAGUGUUCACUUGAAAGUUAAGUUUUUUGUCAUACAAGACUAACUACAUCCCAGUUAUAGUGAAUGCGCCAAUCACUCCAUUAAAAUUAAUAAUUUAAUAACAAACAAUAAUAUUUCGGCAUGUCGACAUGCUGACUUAUUGUUUAUUAGUCGUUACUAAAAUUGUAUAAGCAUACAGUGCACGACCAAUUGCUUUAUGUAAUUUUAACUCAUUUUAAAAGGUUGUACAACUCAGAGAUUAAAACCAACAGCUACUGCAAAAACUGGCCUACUUUUUUGUGCAUACUGGCAAAAAAGGUGACUACUGGUGUUAAUCAAAGGGUUGUAGUGCUUGCCCAACCAUCUGAAGGCCACGAGUUCAAUCCUGAAAAAAGCAAUUACUUAAUGAUAGUUCCAAAUUGGAUCCAACUCUUCUUGAUCGUUGGCAUUUCAAUGGUCUUGCCUAAGAAACAGCUGAUAGUUUAGUCGGUAAAGCUACACAAAGCAAUAUCACUCAUCUUGCAUUCAUUUUUUUUGUUAAAAAUUAAAUUUCUCCAUACCAUGAUUGUGAUGUGAUUGAAAGUCUCUCAUUUUACUACCUGAAAUAAUUUUCUCAGAGUAAUAGUUUUGUAUUGGUUUCUUUCUCCUCAAUGUAUUCCUUAGUAAAGUAUUUUUUUUAUUCUUAAGAAAGAUUCUGUAUUAUUAGAAGAGCCAAAACUUAUUUUAUUAAUCAGUUAGUUUUUAGUACCUACAUAUGUAAUAUAGUUUAUGUUAUUCCUUAUUUUAAAUGUUUUAAUGUUAUUUGCAGACUAUCUGUUGAAGUUGAAAUUAUUGAAUUUUGUUCGUAGUUUGUGGAACAUCACAGGUUCUAAUAUUUAUUGAUGAAAACAUAUUUCAAAAUUGUGAACAAGUUCAAAUUUGCCUAUUUGUUAGCUGUAAUACCUUUGUCAGUUAAUAAAACUGAUAAGAUGUACCUGAUUUUGUUUGUAUAUGUUAAAAAUUAUAUUAAGGUUGAAUGGUUAGUGAUUUUAUGUUUAGAAGUUUUAAGCAUUUAUUUUAAUAUUAACAAAAUACGCAUGUGCCUUUUUUACAAUGAAUAGGUUAUAAACUUUUGUAUUUUUUGCAUCAAAUUAUUAUUCUCUCCCGGACCUUAGACUAAGAAAAUAUCCUAUAGCAAAAAGACCAAAUUUUUACUGGUGAUAGCUUCAGUAAGUAAAAGGAUAAAACUGACAUACAGGAUUGUUGAAGCAAAUUAGUAGUUGUAUUCAAAU